UCGCUAGGCCAGUAUCAAGCCGGGAGCCGUCGAGAGGGUUGAUCCACCUCCGCAAUCGGCGCUCACGCUCUUACCACGUACAUAUCUGACCAAACGUAUCAUCAGGCCCACGCUCGACCAACGCUAGGUCAACGAUAGUAGUCGUGCGCGCGGUUGUACAGAGAGCUGCCGCUCUCGUUCAGGUGCGGUGUGUGUGGCUGGCGGUAGAACUCGACAGGGUUGGAUGAGAAAAAUGGGGCGUACGCCGAGCCACGAGAGCCGGAUCGAUCGCGAAAUAAACGUACGCUGGAUGGACGACGACGUGGAGUAACCUGUCUGCAAAGUGGAAACAGCAGGCAACGUACGAGGCUACGCAAGGCUUGGCGAAAGUACUCGCGCCAUAGUGCGGUGGAUCGUGGCGGUGCUCGUUACAUUCCUGCGAGAUUCUUGCCGAGUCCGUGUGUUUUCUUCGUGCGGAGGACAAACAACGUUAAACAGCACACGGUUGUACGAGCGAUGCAAGCUGCGUGACGAGUGAGCGACACAGAGAGUUGUGCGCGUAAUCGGAGCGUGUGCGAGGUUUUCCAAUGGUCGUGACAUGUUGGCUGUUGAUGCUGCGUAGGGUGCGUGGUGAAAGUGGUCGUGUUAACGUGUGUUAGGAGGUCGAGGUCGUGCUACGUAUCCAAGUAGCACGGUAUUUCGAGGAAUCUCGGGUGUCGUUGCUUCGAGGUCGAAUGAUUCCCUUUCGAUCGUGCGAUCUCUCGUGACCCUGAGCAAACUCGACUAAUUGCUGCGACUCACUCGACAUCGCCAUAGCAGGACGAUCGUGGCAGAAGAAAGAGAGGCGACACCAGCAAUCGACCAAGUGCAGGUUGAGGGCUACUUGAAGAGACUCUGUCGAGAGCACAGACGGAGAAAGUGUGUCAGCGACGUGGUACGAGGCGCCUCGAGGUGCCUUAGGUUAGGUCGCUGCUAGAGUCCCUUGAUGCGAGGCGACGAUAGAAUAACAAACCCGCGAGCAAAUGUCGCGUUAAUUAUCUUGGAAUUAAAAUUCUUUCCUCGGGCUGAAACGCUACUAGACGAGGCAAACAGAAAGAAGGAAACGUUGACACGAUGACGGAAAUAAUUGAAGCUUCUCAUCGGAUUCGAGCAGCUCUCGGAGAAGUAUCGAAUUAGAAAAGAAUCGUCCUACUGGUGUAACAACCGUUUAGCCUUGACGUUAUCGCGUUUCUUUCGAGAUAAUUAGCGGAUACAACGAAGGAUCUCAAAAGAAUAAAUCGUCCAAGCUGGCAAUAACUUGCGGAGUUGUAUACCCAGCGUGAACAUGAUCUCGGUGAGAAAAUACCGACUGCACAUCGAUUCGCUAGAUGAAAAUCUCGCUAACGAGCUUUCGCUCAUCUGAUUACUGGAAAGUGAAUUCAUUAAGCGCAAUCUGGUGUCGAUUUGCACACGUACGAGAGGCCGCAGAAGAUUCGCCAGAAUCAAAUUGUGCAUAACGUGAUUGUGAAGUGAUACUCUCAUAAAGCAGCAUCCGGUUCGUUACAGGGGAUCCAAGUGUGGCUCGAACGUGUGUACGCGCGUUAAGAGAAGAAUCGGGUGGUAAGCGUGUUCGAAGCGUGUUUCGUGUGGUCGACUACACUCCAUUCGUCCGAUUUCACUCUGCGAUCGGCAAGGUAAAAGACCGUUAACAUCGAAUACAUAUCCAGUUGCACUGCCGUUUGCCAAGCACAGCGAAUCGAACGUGCUGCAUUUCGUUUCUCUAGCAACUUGCCUGGCCAACUACCGCGACAAUUUUCAAAGAGUUCCACUUGUUCUCUCGCGAACUUGUCGGAACGUAGGAUUUUCGUUUGAUCGGCAAUUCCCUUUCGGCAUCUCUGCUGUUUGUUCCGGCUCGUCGAUAAUCGCUGGUCGUCGGCCGCGCGAUCCCAUAAAAGACGGACAAAGCAGACGCAGGGACACGUCCUAGCGAAGGGUGCGAAACAAACGAGCGUCUAGGAGAAAGACUCGCCAAGCGAUUCCGCACGGACGUGUGCACAGUCACUCUCUCUUUCCAUAUCCGCCACCCACGCACGCAGCCGAGGCCGUCCGCGCGUGCGUGCUCACGUGCGACUGCAGCCGGUACAACGUGGCUAGCGAACGAGUACACAAAGUAGCUGCGCUGAUCAAACGCUGCACGUCCACCGAUCCAAGCUAUCAGGCUCGCUGGAUCAGCUCGUAGCCGAGUGUCAAGCCGCCGCUGUUGAUCAUCCUCUGCGGGCAUUUAUCCGGUGUAAUGUGACGAAGGGAAGAAGAGCAGACUAAUCGACUGUCAGAGUUCCAGCCAAGUGUCCUUGACGUACGAGUGAAACAACACGUGCUGUUGAACAAUCUGAUGAACAGGAUUUAGCAGUGCGAUCCGCCACAGCUACGACCUGCAACUAUGCAUUCCUCGCUCGUGACCAGCAACACAGGCGCGCUGAUGCCGUUCCUGGUGGUGUUGCUCGGCCAGGUAGCCACGUCCUUCGUGCUGGAGGGCUCGGCCACCAGUUACGCUCAGUUCAGAAAAUGGAACGCCGGUCUGAACGGCACGCUAGAGUUCGAGUUCAAGACCGAGCAAGGCAACGGUCUGUUGCUGUACACCGAUGACGGCGGCACUUACGACUUCUUCGAGGUGAAACUUGUGGAGAGCGCGCUCAGGCUGAGAUACAAUCUCGGAGGCGGUGCACAGAUCGUCACCGUCGGCCACGACCUGGGCGACGGUCACUGGCACAAGGUGCAGAUCACCAGGUGCAACGAAAACACCACGUUGACCGUGGACGGAGUUAGCGCGGUCUCCACGUCCCGCGGCAAGGAGUUCGAGUUCGGCAAACUGGCUGGCAAUUCUGACGUUUACGUGGGCGGCAUGCCCAGCUGGUACAACAGCAAACUGACGUUGCUGGCGCUGCCCAGUGUGAUUUUCGAGCCGAGGUUCAACGGAUUCAUCAGGAAUCUCGUGUACGCCGACGGGGAGAACAUGGUGCCCAGGAGGCAGGAGAUGAAGAGCCGGGACGCUAAGUGUGGUGGAUUUCCCUGCGUCGAGAAUAUCAAGCGCAAAUCACCAAGGAGUUUACGCAACAUGAUGACAGCCAAUACGACGGAUGCCUGUGAAACGCGUGAUCCCUGCCAACACGGCGGAAUCUGCAUUUCCACCGACAGUGGACCCUUCUGCGAGUGCCGGUCCGGCGAUUAUGAGGGCGCCUAUUGUGAGAAAGAAGCAUGGAGCACGGUGCUGCCUACGGCGGGUGCUGGUGAUUACUGGGCGUGGGAAUACAAUAAAGCGCCAUCAGAAGCCUCUUUCAGAGGAACCGAGUAUCUCACGAUAAAUCUGAGCAAAGGAGAUCCGAUCCUCAGCACUCUGGAAUCAAUCAGCUUGCAAUUUAAAACCAGGCAACCGAAUGGACUACUGUUUUAUUCCGCCAAUGGACGCAAUCGCGCUUCCUGCCCAGCCGGACAGGGAGAUGAUUAUCUGACCGUAUCUCUGAGAGACGGAGGGGCAGCCGUGGGCAUGACGUUGGCUAAAGGAAGAUUAGAUCUGCACAUAAAGCCAGUCCGAAUCCGGUUCGACGAUAAUCAGUGGCACAAGAUCAUCGUCCUGAGGAAGGUUCAAGAGAUAUCCUCCAUCACCAGCUUCUGCAGGCUGUCCGCCAUCGUCGAUGGGAUUUACGCGGAACACGGCCACACUGCGGGCUCGUUCACACAUUUGGCGAGCGAUCGACUGUUGGUGGGCGGUGGCGCCGACGCGAGAUCCCUGCAGGGCGCCAAGGGGAUCAACAACUUCGUCGGAUGCCUGAGGAAGGUCGAAUUCGUGGCGGAGGGGGUGAAAAUGGAGCUGAUCGACGCGGCCAGGAGCGGAGCCGCGGGCGCGGCCGCCUGGGGCAAAAUGGAUUUCCAUUGUCGGGAGCCCAGAGCCUCGGACCCAAUCACCUUCACCACCAGGGACUCUCAUCUCAAGGCUGCGGCGACAAUAAGUGCAAGGCGACUUCACGGCGCCGUGGUUACCUUCACCAGCCCAGAGUCCCACCUGGUCCUGCCACCUUGGAAGGCGGCCAAGUCCGGCAGUAUAUCCUUCAAAAUCCGCACCAACGAACCUAACGGCUUGAUCAUGUACAGCCGUAGUGGAGCUCACACGAGGCAAGAUCUCUUCGCCUUCGAGAUCUUCAAUGGCCACCUGUACCUGCACGCUGACCUCGGAAGCGGACCAGUGAAGGUGAAAUCGUCGAAACAACGAAUCGACGACGGCACGUGGCACGACGUGGCACUUCGUCGAGUCGAAAGAGAUGGACGUGUCACCGUCGACGGUUCCAUUGUCGAAUUCCGUACACCAGGUGAUUCCACGCAAUUAGAUCUCGAUGGAUUGCUGUAUAUCGGCGGUGUGGGUGCUCCAUUUGCACCCCUAACAGUCCCUCCAGUAUUAUGGACAGGUGCCUUGAGACAGGGUUAUGUCGGUUGCAUGAGGGAUCUUGUCAUAAACGGCCAACCAAUAGAUAUAGCUGGAUACGCUCAGCAACAGGAUUCUGGAGCUGUCAGACCGGCUUGUCACACUCAAACGUCCCACUGUGCUUCACAACCCUGCAUGCACGGUAGCCAUUGUCUCGAGGGUUGGAACAGAUUUCACUGCGAUUGUACCGGAACACAAUACACUGGUCCUACUUGCGGAAAAGACGCAUCAACGUUGCACCUGAACGGGACGCAACAAAUGACAGCGUUGAUGCCAGAGGAUUCGAAAACUCAGACCGAGGAGAUUGUAGUUCGCUUCAAAACCACCAGACCACGUGGUCUUCUGCUAGCAACGAGUUUGGAAAACAGUUCGGAUCGACUGCAAAUCUACUUGGAAGAAGGCAAAGCGAAGAUGCUGAUUCACAUCGGGGACAAGGAGAAGACACUGGUCGCUGGACAAGGUCUGAACGACGAUAUGUGGCACACGCUCAGGUUUUCCAGGAGAGCAGCUUCCUUGAAAUUUCAGAUCGACGACGAGCCCGCUGUUAGAGCCGAAACGCAGCUUGGCAAGCAAAGCAUUUUGGAAUUCCGAACGCUGCACGUCGGUGGCUACUUGCACGCCGGAGAGGAAAUCCCGCAUUUCGUUGGUUUUCUCCAACAAAUCUGGUUCAACGGCUACCCGUACCUGGAGAUAGCGCGCAGUUCCGGCAAUCAUCAGGCUUCUCAUCAAGGUGUAACACCGAUCAUCAGGGUUACGGGGAAAUUCAGCAAAAGGAACCAUCCAGUCCAUUAUCCGGUGACAUUCACAUCAAAGCACACGUUCGUUGGGUUGCCCGUGCUGAAAGCGUACGUGGAAACGAAUAUCUAUUUCCAGUUCAGAACACGCGAAGCGAACGGUUUGAUUCUGUACAACGCCGGUCGAGAACGCGACUUCAUCGCCGUGGAGUUAGUCAACGGACACAUUCAUUACGUGUUCGACCUGGGUGACGGCCCGGUCAGGGUCAGGGACACUUCCAGGUCCAGGCUGAACGACGGCAAAUGGCACGCAGUGAGCAUCGGAAGGCCGGCACCAAAAAGACACACGCUCGCUGUUGAUGACCAUGUGACAGCUGUCAAUAGUCAGGGCAGCAACGAGAACCUCGACCUGGAUGGAAUCUUAUACAUCGGUGGCGUGGAGAAGUCGCAGUACGGCCAGCUACCGAAGCAGAUACUCAGCAGACACGGUUUCGAGGGCUGUCUGUCGUCGUUGGACCUGAGUGGCGAGAGCACCAAUCUGAUCUCCGACGCGGUGGUUCCCAGCUCUCUGGUGGAGUCUGGCUGCGACAUGUACGCCAGCAUGCACGCUGGGAAAAAGUGCACGCACGAUCUCUGCUCGAAUCAUGGCACGUGCGUGCAACAAUGGAACAGUUACACGUGCGACUGUGACAUGACCAGUUUUACUGGGCCAACGUGUAACGAAGAAGCAGCAGCUUACGAAUUCGGAGCUGGCAGAGGAAUUAUCACCUACACGUUCCCGCCGAAUCAGAGGCCGGAAAUGAAGAGAGACACGGUGGCCUUGGGCUUUGUAACAAGCGUGAGCGACGCCGUCCUCGUCAGAAUAGAAUCUGCUUCCAGCAACGACUAUCUCGAGAUUGAAAUUGUGGAAGGAAACGUUUUCGCCGUUUACAAUAUGGGGACGAACGAUCAUCCUAUCGGUGAGGUCGGUGUGAAAGUGAAUGACAACCAGUAUCACGUGGUGAGAUUCACUAGAACAGGACCGAACAGCACGCUGCAGGUCGACGAUUACAAUCUGCAGUCCAAUCACCCAUCAGGUCGCCAAUUGACGGUGUUCAAUAGUCAAUCGACUAUUCAAGUUGGUGGUCGAUGGAAUCGCAACAAAGGCAGAGUGGAAAGGUCGUUCUUGGGCAUAAUCGCCGGUCUCGUUGUAAAUGGAGCUCGAAUUUUGGAACUCGCCGCGGCAAAGGAUGGAAGAAUUAUCACCAGAGGAGAUGUUCAGUUAUUACCUCCAGGAAGUCUGCUGGAUCGUGCUGCUCCGUUGCAGAGGAUGCAACAGACGCCGGCGUCCGGUUUCCCAGGCGUCAUGGACGACCUCAUAUUUUCCGGUGCCGGAAGUGGUUGCGCCGCCGACGACGAGGACGAAGAAUGCACGCCAAUCUACGAGCCUGGUUCCGGUAAGUACGACAUAAUAACGCCCGUCUACGUCGCGCCAACGAGGUCGCCGACGACGUUCAGGCCGAAGCAUCACAAGGAGGACCUUCAGCGUCCGUCGUGCGACGACGAGGAGGACUGCGAGGAAGGCUCCGGGGAACCCGUCACCACCGAGGAGAUCUUCGUCACAUCCGCCACUGACUCGAGCUCGGUGGCGUACACGACGGGCCGCGAGUACACGACCAGCCACAUCAGCACGCAAACGUCUCCAGGCUCGCCGUCGACAUCGACCCGGGACAUCGUCACCGACUCCGUCCAGUACAAUGUGUCAACCACAGACCUCGAAACCAGCCACGUCAGUAGCGUUGUGACGCAGAGAUCGAGCACCGUGACGACCCAAACAACGACCACGGAGAUGACGGACCCACCUCCACCGCCUCCACCGCCCAUCUACCCGCCGAUGCCGACGCCGCCGAAGAACAACAACAACAACAAGAGGAUAACGUCCGAGGCGGCAGAGAACGCGGCGCUGAUAAUCGGCAUCAUAGCCGCCGCAUUGAUCGCCAUCGUCCUCAUCAUUCUCAUCAUCCUCAAGUUCAAGAAUCGUCCAGAGACCAGCUACAAGGUGGACGAGACGAAGACCUUCUGUCAGGACCCGAACGCGGCGCUGCUCGGCGCCGCUGGCUCCGGCCAGCCGUUCAACGGGCCCAUGAAGAACGGCGCAAAUGGCAGCAAAGCGAGCAAGAAACGAGAACUGAUAGACAUCAAAGAGUGGUACGUGUAGAGACGGCCAGCCUUCGAGAUUCACGCGUCCGCUUGAGUGGCGCACGUGCUCUUGAAAACCUCGUGGCCAGGUGAACACGCGAGUCCAAGAACUUGACGAGGAACGUGUGACAGCCUCUUCUUAGGUCCUUCGUUGGUGCUAGGCGAACUAUUUAGCUAUUAGUUUUUCGACGCGUUUCUCCACGAACGUUAGAACGGGCUGUGUUCCUCGCGGAUAAACGCGGCGAACGAGAGAGGAGACUGCGCCCGAGACGAGUCGUCUCGAGCGAUCUUCGCAGACGUCGUGAUGCGAUCGUUGUUCCGGCGGGACACGACCAGACAGCCAGCGUCCGAUGACCGGGAAAAUCCCAUCUCCUGCGUGUCUCAGCCGCCGGUCAACCUUAGGUGAAUCAGCGUUAUAAGCAUAUCCAAUGUUACGUCGAUGGAGAUCGAGCCUGCUCGACGCUGUGCGCGACGAUCCUGUCGGCGGAGGCUGCGCGCGUCCAGGAUGAAGGACAACGAGCGGUUCGAAGGUCGCUGCGGCGAUCGGCGUAACGACGGGACGAGACCGAUCGCGUCGACCGGAAAGGCAGAGGAAGAGGAAGAGGCGGAUGAAGAAGAAACGCAGACGCGAAAGAGAGGAGAAGGGAAAGGGAUAGAGGCACGGAAGGUGCGUUGCGCAAGGAUGUAUGGAAUGGUUGUGCCGAUCGAAAACGUGUCCGACCGGCGACGUGCAGCAAGGCGUUGUUACUCUUCGUCAGAGCGACGCUCGGCUUUAGUUGCAGCACUUUGUCGACGCUAACGCGACGUCGAGCACAGGCGACGCGACUCGAAGCGUCGGGUCCUCGAGAUACGAGCGCGUCACUUGCUCGAAAUAAGAAAAGAAAUUGAAAGGGAGAGACGAAUAUUCUCGCGCAGGCCCGUAAAAUCAAACUUCUUCCUCGUUGCUAGAUAUGUUGUUAGUUGUAUAUUCGUUGUACAUGGACGGGUUCAUCGCGCAUUAACGAUAGCACUCAGGUGCACGAUGAUCCUCCUUUAGGUGGAGCGUUCGAGAGGAGAAACGGUCGUUCGAGGAGACGUAAAUUGUGCGCGCGAUGUAUUUCGAGGAUCGGCAAACACCAGCAAAGGAAGAGUAAAAUUCGUCUUCGUUCGGACGUUGCCAUAGUCCAUGAAGCGCGAGAAAGUGUUGGAAUUAACGCGCAAGAACGAAAGUAUGAAUACGAACGAUCCUAUCUAGCGAUUAAUGAACUUAUUGUUGUAUAGAAGAAAGCAAAAAAAAAAUAUAUAUAUAUAUACAUACACGAUAUUUAUCGAUUAUGUUAUGCGUGUAAAUUGUUUAUUAAAUUAUAGAUUUUAUUAACACAACAAUGGAAGAGAGCGUGCAGAUACGUGUUACGGUGUGCAUGAUGGAAACGGUAUGAAAGGGAUGAGAGAUAGUCCGCGUUGUUUUGUUUGAAUAUAAAGAAGCGACUCGAAGUAACGUCGUCGGUGUAUUAGCCGUAAAUUUAACGCGUUCUUGCGGGACGCGGACAUUGUAAGCUGUAAGUGAUCGCGCGCGCAAACGCUCGGAGGACACUGUCGAAAUAGUAAAUGACACGUAGCCAUGCGCAGAUCGAUGCUUAUACGUAUACACAGGGUGUGAACGCAGUAUUGCCAAAGAAAAAAAAAGACGAAAAAGACAAAAAAACGAAUCAAGCUUGACCGGUGUUUAACCCUUUGAUGUCCGAAAUCGCCACCGCGCGUUCCUUCCUCGUGUCGCUUUAUCUCGAUACUUGUGCGGCAUAGUCUUUAUACUCUUCGUGCAAGACUAUCGUUGUUUCCUUUGCAGAGAAUGGUCAGUCUCGUAUCUUCUUGCUUGCGCCACGCGAUGCUUCCUUUCGUUCGACGUUUCGCGUCUCUGUCGGAUAGUCCGUCGGAUAUCCCGCUGCAUACCUUGCGAAGUAAAAAUUGUCGAGCGAAAUUUCGCUGCACGUACAUCCUCGAACAAAGGGCUGCAAAGGGUUAAUUAUACUGGCGCGUCGCGCGAACUCCGUUUCGUGGAUAUUCGAGGCAGUUUCAAUCCACCUCUAUCCGCCUCUAUAGAAACUGUCCGCGGGCUCCUCCUCCGGCCGCAUCUCUUCUUACGAUGCACCUUGCCAUCCGAAAGCGUAGCUUGCCCCUUGCGCGACCAAAGUAUAGUUAUCGGCGAAAUACUCUAUAUUUUCGUAUCACGCUGCUUGCUGUUUCCCGGCUUUCUAACGGGCGUCUGGUCGAGACUGGUGUUCCUAUUGCAACUACGUGUACAUAGACAUUGCUGUUCUACUGUGUGUUGAAUCGAUAAUAAAUUUAAGACAGAUAUCCUGUAGACUAUCGGUGCUUUAAUUUCAAAACGCUAUUCUCAUUUGUUAUUCUCAUUUAUUGUAUCCGCCUGUGGCAUACUCUUUCGCCUAAUUUUUGAACCGACCAGGGCACAUUAUCACGUGAAAAAGGCACCAGUCUGGACUAGCUGACGAUCCAGUUGGUUCGUAGAUUACGCGCGUGUUUCAACGUCCUCCAACGUCGACCAACCUAAGCCAAAUUGCUACUCGUUGCCGUAAUUCGGUCGUCUGUAUCACAGCCAAGCUGCUGAAUUACCCAAACUCCCGCUGGGAUUUCCUUAAGCGAAAGCGCUCGUCCAAAUGUCCCGCAGUCGGCUAAAGGACGUCCCUCGAUGAAGCGCGUCGUCCGGAAAAGAAGGAAGAAUCGUUGAAUCAGUGGAUGGAUUCGCGGAUAAGCAAUAAUGAAACGUGAUACUGACAAGAAGGGGGGAUAUGUAAGUUCGAUUAAUUUAAGAUCGUUCGACACGUACUCGCUUGCAAACGCGAUUGCCGUUGAUUUUCCCAACUGUGGACGUGCGUCGUCCCACAGCGAUCGACCAUUCGUCGAAACGGCAAGUGCCAGUGUGCGACUCUGAACGAGCGAAAGAGAGAGACAGAGAGAGAAUGUGAAGAUGACGCUUAGACAGGAGGUGGAGAGGAGGAGACGUUCUCGUCUGGGUCAGGAAACUGGCUAAGAACGAGAUACGAAGAAAACGUCCGAUCGUUAAAGGGCUUCUAAGUUGUGCAAUUAUUGUAAAAUGUUGAGACGUAUGCCAAGAACUCGCCACUUGAUCCACGCACGCCGUGCCUCGAACAUCGUGCCACGUCCUGAGUCUCGUUCCAAGCGAGGAAAUUUAGAAAACAGUUUGGAGGAAGAAAAAGAGAAGAAUAGGAACUUUCUCAGCCUCUUCGUUGCCUCCUCUCACUCUCUCUCUCUCUCUCUCUCUCUCUCUCGACGAUUAUAUCAAUCGCUAAGUGUUUCCAGCUUCGAAGAGAUUGCACGGUGGCUAAAUGUUCGAGGAACGCCGGCAACUUUGUUCUCUGUUCGCUACUCGACCUCGCACCACUCGCGGAGAAAGUUGGUGGAGGAUUUUCUUAUCGGAUUUAUCGUACCUGUUCUUGUUGAUUCCACGGCGUGCGACUCUCGCUAACGAGUGCGCUCAUUAGUCUCGUUAUCGUUGCGUUGAACGCGCCUCGAUGCGCGCCCCUACGACCCCGCGAAACUUCGUUCUCGUUAUACUUCAAUUAUCGCUGCGAUCGCCAACGAUAAACGCGCUGUUAUCGCGUCGCAGGUCAAACGCAGGCUACCGUUUUCCAGUAUCCUGGCCGCUGACACGCCCUCUUUACCUACUCGCGUUCCGCGUGCGAUUUUUACUCCAUCGAUCGUCCAAUUUCUCUGCUUCUUUAUUCCAAUUCUCACCUCUCAUCAUUCGCCACGAAGCUUUCGAACGUUUUCCACCUAAGCAACCUUCCGCGCCGACAUAACCUUUACGAUUAGCGGUUCGACGUCUGCGACGAAAGUCUAAGAUCGGGAAAGUCAAAGAUAUCACGCGGAUGUUUCUUUCUCGGACAAGCAUCGCUUUUCCGGUCGAUCGCGCAAGCGACUCGACCAGCGUCCUUGAACAGGACGAUGGUAGCAGAAACUUGGUGAGGCGUCACCUUCGAUAACGUCGGAGUACAGGCUCUCAGGGAAGCACGAUUAAUUAGAAGAAACUCCGAACCGACUACGGUUCCAACGCAUAUCAAAACGAAAGACUCUUCGACCGAUCCGAUCGGCCGUUUCGUACGACGAGAGAGGAAAUCGAUGAAAACGGCUUUCUCUCUUUUCUCUUUACGAAGAGUAAGAGUUAGCCGAUCGUGCGGUAACCGAAAAAGAAACGAAUGCUCGCGCGGAGAAGCAUCGCUAGGCACGCGACCGAGACUUCCUUUUAAACUCUCUCUCUCUUUCUCUCUAAACGAUCGAAAAAAGGAAAGGAGAGAAAUGAAAGUAAAAAGAAAAAAAAAUACGACGAACGGGAACAUUUUGAAACACCGUUUCGUACCUUAAUCGCACAAGAACUUGAUGAAUUCAAAUAUAGCACGAUGUUUGCCGAUAGAAAAAUGUCACGAGCUUUCCAACUCUCCGCUUUCUUCUUAUCUUCCUUCUUCUUCUUCUUUUUUCUCUCUCUCUCUCUCUUCAUUCUCCUCGUCGUUGGUUUCUUAUUCACGCGAUAACUCGUCGAAUCGGUUCGAUCGAGCAAACCGGUUUACGCACGACGCUUAAAGAUGGCACGACGAUCUUCGCCACAGGCGUCGCGCCAUCGAGAUCGAUCGUAGGCUAUAAAAAACGAUAAGUCGAUGUGGAUUUCGUAUAUUUACGUGGCUAAAGUUGAGUGGGCAGUCUUAACGAUAUCGCAUCGUAACAUCGUCUAUUCUCUGCGUAGAAACGUCAUAUUCGUCGUUCGUCGAACGUCGUUGCUGUCCCCCGCGAAAUAAAAUUCUCGCGAUCGUCGAACGCAAAGUGCAACACGGCAUCUUGCGCAGAGCGAAUGCAGUUGCCCGUAGUAGCGAAAAGGUUAGAACAACGAGACGUCCUGGCGCUGCCACGUCGACGAAUGAUAAAUACGACGAAGAUCGGAUCGAUCGUCUUACGGCUUUUCUGAUAAAACUUGAUAAAACUCGAAACUGCUUUCUUUCUUAUGUCGUUGCUUCGUAUUCGUUCAAACGUGAUAUAUCAGCACGUUGAAACGAGCGUCAUCGAUUGCAUCUACAAUUUCUACGUGAAAUGGCAUGAAAUUUCGAAGCGUGCAAGUGCGAUUAAACGUAGCCGUUUUCCUAACGCUUAUACGAAAGAUUAUGCAUUCGAGUACGAAGAUAAUUUUCUCUAACGAUUAAACAAGUCGUUUGUCUUGGUAGGGACGAGAGAAGCGAGAAAGUCGCGCGCCUUUGGCGUACGAUCGAACGCGAUACGAUUAUCGGAUUAGUUAAACGAUGUCGGUCGUAAUUCAUCGACGAUAACGUAUCAGUGUGUUCAUGGUAUACGGAACAAAGUACCGUGGUGAAGGUAAUUUUUUGCUGCUUUCUUCUCUUGAAAAAUGAACAAUCGCAACUGACUUUGCUAUUCGUUGGCGUGGCGCGGCGUGGCAUGCGAACGCCGCGCCAUCAAUCAACAACACGCGUUCCACCCAUCGAGAAAACACGAACAUAUUGUUAUCACUGCCCUCCAAACUCUCUAUCUGCAUAUCCUUCGGUGUACUGACGAUUAACGUUUAUACUAAACUAAUUAACUUCUAAUAAAGAUAUCUUAUCGAGCAAAAUGUUACUCUAAACUCUAACUUAACGCGUUAAAAGCCUCGAACUUAAGUGUGUCGCGGAUAACGUCAUACCUAAACUUAACUAUUAAAAUACGUAGUGCGGCAACAAGCAAAGUGUUAGCGAGAAAGAGGAACGCGUGAUAAAUGAUAAAUGGUGAGAGAAAAGCGAGAGCGAGAGAAACAAAACCGAACGAAUGUCGUAUAUGUGUCUGUGUCUGUGUCUGUAACGGAACGCACGCGCGUGUAUAUGUGUGUGUAUGUGUGUAUGUGUGUGGGUAGGCACGUGUAUGAGACGUAGGAAGGAAAAAUUGCGCGUGUCCGCAGGCGAAAAGUUUAUUAGCAUGAGGCACUUGAUAUGGCGAACCGAAAGUCGUUGGAUAGUACGCAGACAAAAAGAGAAAAGAAUUAAAAAAGAAAAAAAAUGAAUAAUAAGCUGACACACAAGUGUAUCUAGAAUCGCUAUAGCUAGAUGGAAUUAUAUUUUACAAUUGUACAGUUAUUAUACGUUAUUAUACGGGCGCGCUAAACCGAUUCAAUCUAUAGGUAGUCGAAAAGUAACUGUGUGUGUGUGAGUGCGCGUGUCUCCCUCUCUCUCUCUCUCUCUUUCUCUCUGUUCGUGGACAGCGAAGAGCGGAGAAAAACACAGACUCCGUGUGAAAUACGGGAGAAGAAGCGGAUGACAAAACGGGAAAACAGACGAUAUUGUGCGGUGAGUGUUACGCAAUGCCGAAAGAUCAACAGCCAUCGCGCUGAAUAUUUUUGUUCUUUAAGAAGCUGAAACUCCCGAUUCUUACACGUAUACAUGUAUACUGUUAUACGUAUGUGUGUAUGUAUAAUAGGAUUCGAGCGCGUAUAAUGCUUACAUCGGAAAUCGAUCCUCCUCGGACAGGAAAGGGUAUAUACACAUACGCAUUGAUGCGUGGCGCGCUUGGGUGCACGUGUAAUCACACGCAUGUGUUCUCCUGCGACGAAAGAGAAAAAGCGAUCGAGCCAAUUGGCUGGCUUGGCAUGUUCUCUCGACACGCACGGGCCAGCCCCUUUCGUUUUCGGGAACUUAAAUGUGGAUACGAGCCAAGUAUAUAAAAUACGAGCCGUAGCGUAAAUAAUGCAUUUAGAUUUUUUACAUGUCGAUGCGAAGCCUCCUGUGCCGUUUUCGUUAGAAUUCCCGACUUUAGAGACGCGCAGAUCUUCGACGCCACGAUGCAACACGACGGAUCCGCGCAACCAAUUCGCAGUUUCUCUUUCUUUCGCCGUAGCGUUCUAUGUUUUAUAGGACACGAGUAUAAAGGGGACGAGAACAAAAUGUAAGCAGCGACAAGAGAAGAUGAAACGAUAUCGACGAUACGUUUUACAACUUAUCUAAAACAUGAUCAAACAAACACGAAUACAUGUGAACACGCAUACAGAUACACGUACAGGUACACACGGAUAAUAUAGUAGUGCGCGCACAGGCACGCAUUACGAGCUCCCUUGAAAAAAUUGGAGAUAUGUAAAUAUAUAGAAAUAAUGCCGUAACUACGAAAUUAUAUGAAUAAAGUAUUGAAACUGUG